AUGUCGCUCGCAGCCAGGUCUGCGACGAGCGACCCGAUCCAGUCGGUCUCGGUCCCGUCCUUCACCAAGCUCGCCGCAAAGCCCGACCCGCACGUCGCCUUCACCGUCUCGAUCUCGCUCCCCACACGGACCUACUCGAUCCAGCAGCGCUACUCUGCGUUCGCCGCCCUAUACCACAAGCUCGCCGCGACGUGCGGCGCACCGCCGCCCGCCGAGCUCCCGCCCAAGCACCCGGGCAGCUGGUUCCUCGCCCCACUCGCCGCCGCUCGCGACCUGUCGGACGCCCAGCUCGAGGAGCGCCGCGCGGGACUCGAGCACUGGCUGAGGGCCAUCCUCGCCGACCGAGACCCGCGGUGGCGCAGCAGCCGCACGUUCAAGGACUUUCUCGCGGCGCCGCCAGACGGGGCCGGCGGCGGCGGGCAGGCGGCACCAGGCGGCGAGGGCGCGGUCAGUCGCAGCUGGACCGCAACGGCGUGGACGGCCGAGCACGCCGCCGUCGAGGGCGCGGCCCGUCAACUGCGCACGACGCUCGACCGCCGCGACGCGCAGCUGCUCGCGAGCUCGUCGACGGCGCACGCGACGGCCAAGGAGGCCAAGACGGCGCUCGUCGACCUCGUACGGCGCAUCGGCGACCUCGCCAACGGCCUCCAGGUCCUCGCCAAGGACGGCAUGACCGAGGGAGAGCUGCACCGCCGCAGCGCCCUCGUCGAGCGGCUCCAGGGCGAGGUCGAGGAGCUCGGCCGCAAGGCUGGUCGCGGGCCGCGAGCCGGCGCAGGGCGCACGGGCCCGUCCUCUCGAGCAGGCGACGAUGAGCCGCCGACGGCUGCACGGCAAGCCCUGCUGAGCGGCGCCGGGCGCGCACCCGCACGCGUGCUCGGCGCCGCAGCCGCCGCAUCCCUCGAGACGCCCGAGACGCGCGCGCUCGACAACGGCGGCGUCCUCCAGCUCCAACAGCAGUACAUGGACGACCAGGACUCGAAGCUCGAGGCGCUCACGGCGGCGCUGCGGCGGCAACGGCACCUCGGCGAGAUGAUCAACGCCGAGCUCGCGCUGCAGGAGGACGUCCUCGACCAGCUCGACGCCGGGACCGACCGCGUCAAGGGCAAGAUGAAGGACGCGCAGAAGCAGAUGAAGCGGCUCUAG